AUGCAGACGCGUCCCAGCAGUGAGCCGCACCGCGGCAAGGAGCAGGUAAGGGAAGAGCAGACCCCGAAAUGCGCCAGUGCCUCGCUGGCCAAAAAGCCCGCCACGCCGCCCACUGCACCGCCGCCUACGCCCAUUCCGACGAACAGGGGAGUGGCUCCUCUUACGGUUCCUGUGAUCCAGCUCACGCCCGCACAGAGUGACACGCCCGUGAAGAGGGCAUUGUUACCCGCCGCCGCUCCCAAGGAGAUACCUUCCCUGGCCGACAGCAAUAGCAAUAAGGAGAACCUUUCUGGGAAGACUGUGCCGCAGGGAAAGAGCACUCCCCUGGGAGCCCCCACCAAUUACGUGGCCAGACGCACCUGGAUCACUACCGAGCGAAUGAAUGAGCUGCGACGAAAAGCCCAGGAAGCGGCCAAGCAGAACAAGAUUUUUACCAUACGAGGAUGCUUCAACUCGGUGAGGAACGCCCUGCUGACGCGGGGAUGGGUGGAAAAGCUGGACGUGCACCGCAAGGUGAUGCCUGCGGGCCAGAUGACCUACGAGGACCUCACCCAGCGGCUGCCGAAGCGCAAGGCGGGAGAGACCCGGCGGCAGUACGUGCUCAAGUGCGAGCGGAACAUCAUGUCUCGCUUUCUGGAGCACAUGCCCGUGGACUUUCUGUGGACAAAUCGGAAGGAGAAGUGCGACUACAUCGACCAGGCCAAGAAUCCCGGCAUGACCAUCAACAAAUUCCACAGGGCGCCGUUCACCUCAAAGGAGGGCCUGUGCAGCCAGCUGCGGGACUUUCACUGGUUCUUCGAGGAGGGCACCGCCGAGAUGUACUUCCCGCGCUGCUACAAUGUCUGGAGUCCCGAGGAGCUCGGAGAGUUCAUCGAUAACUUCAAGCUUACCGCCUGCGUGGCCUACCUGCGGGUGAUGCUCUGCAAGUACCACAAGCAGGGCUCCGAGGCCGUCUUCUCCUGUGCCGGCAAGAUUCCCUACUCCUCGAUAGACUUUGCCUAUAAGCGCCUUGUGGAGUACAUCGACAGCUGCCAGCAUAACGACAUCGACUUCGAGGACCCGCCCAAGAUAUGGGAGCACGACUGGGACGCGUUCCUCUUCCAGCACCAGCAGCUGGUCAACGAGGACGGACGCAUCCAGCAUGACGGCCAGCGUUUGGAUCCCAUGAUCAAGAGCUGUCUGGCUUUAAUCGACAAGAUGAAGGUCCACUGGCCGCAGUACAGCCUCGACGGCUACCAGAAUCUGUGGAUUGUGAAGCCAGCAAACAAGUGUCGGGGAAGGGGUAUCCUCCUCAUGGACAACCUGAAGAAAAUCCUGGGCGUUGUGAAUCCGUCAAUAGCCUCCAAGAGUCGCUAUGUGGUGCAGAAGUAUAUAGAGCGACCGUUGAUUCUGUUCCAAACCAAAUUCGACAUUCGUCAGUGGUUUCUCAUAACCAAUACCCAGCCCCUGGUGGUAUGGUUUUACAGGGAGAGCUACCUACGCUUCAGCUCCCAGGAGUACAGCCUGAGCAACCACCACGAGUCGGUGCACCUGACCAACUAUGCGAUCCAGAAGAAGUACACCAACGGAAAGCGGGACAAGCGCCUGCCCAGCGAAAACAUGUGGGACUGCUAUUCCUUCCAGGCAUAUCUGCGUCAGAUCGGGAAGUACAACAUGUGGCUGGAGCGCAUCUUCCCCGGGAUGCGAAAGGCCAUUGUCGGCUGCAUGCUGGCCUCGCAGGAGAACAUGGACCGGCGGCCCAAUACCUUCGAGCUGUUUGGCGCGGACUUCAUGAUCUGCGAGAACUUCUAUCCCUGGCUCAUCGAGAUCAACUCCAGUCCGGAUCUGGGCGCCACCACGAGUGUGACGGCACGGAUGUGCCCGCAAUGCCUGGAGGAUGUAGUCAAGGUUGUUAUUGAUCGGCGCACGGAUCCCAAAGCGGACAUGGGCAACUUUGACCUGGCCUACCGCCAGGUGGUCCCGCCUACGCCUGCCUACAUGGGUCUCAACCUGUACGUCAAGGGCAAGCAGGUGUUGCAGAAGGUGAGCCAUGGGGGUGGCCACAACCACUACUACUACCAGCAGCAACGCAAGGAGCGCUCGCUGGCCACCAGCAGCGUGUACCGCCAGCGCUCGGCCAUACUGCAUCCGGCGUCGAGCAUCUCGCGCAUCCACCGUGCCAUGCCCACCUUCAAUGCCACCGAGUACAUGGAAAAGUACAUGGUGGAGCCAUUGAGCAGUAGUAGGAGCAGCCUAAGCCUCAGCUUUAACAGCCAGCAACCGCAGAAGUCACCCACGGUGGCUCCCGCUCCUGCCCCGCAGUCGGCUUCAGCGUGUCCCUAUUUGCUGAAGCAGGCGGGCCGCUCCAUCACCCAGCUGCUGAACAGUGCCUCCCACAAGCGCAACACGGCGGGAUCUGUGCCGGGUGAGCCUGUGCCGAAUACGGCACUGCCGCCCAAACGUCAGCGGAGCUGCGGACCUCGGCUCAGUUCGACAAAUCCCGUGGACAGCACCGAAAAGAAGUUCAAGAUCCUCAUCAAGAACUACACAGCCGGCGGCGGCAGUGAGUCUAUGCAUGAAUCGCGACCAGAAGGAUCUGCACCUGCGACGGCUCCUGUGAUGAGCGAGCGGAAGUGGCGCAGUUUACGCAACAUUACUGCCACUACAGGCGGCGGCGCCUCCACCUCCUCGACCCGUUCCAAAGGCCUGCCCCUGGCCUCCUCGGGUCUGCCACAGCGCCGCUUCGUCCGCACCAAGUCAGAGAUCGAGAGCACGGCCAGCCUGCAUGCCAUUGGCAGAACCUUCGGCCGGAAGUCCAAUGGACCCCGGCUUCCCAUCAGCAUUUCGGUACAGGCCCUGCACCGAGGCGAACCCAUCGUGGCCGCUCUAAAGCAGGCCACCAGCGAGCUGCAGCUCUCCCAGGCGCAGAUGAUGAGCCCGAGGACCGCCCUGGCUAACAAGCUGCACAACUCGACGCUGACGGUUCCGGCGCCUCUGCUGCCAGUAGGCUAG